AUGUUAAUUUCGCUUUGGGGUAUAGAUUGCCAAAACGAAGAAAUGCACGAAGACCUGGCAAUUUCAAAUCUUAAUAUGUUAAAAUCCACUUGGCUUGUAGAAUUCAAAACCAAAUUAAUGCGACCACUUAUCGUUUUGCAUGCAAAACUUAUUCUUUACUUCCCUCUUUAAAUAUGAACAAAUAUCUGUAAAAUUUUCUAUUUUUUGGAUAAAUUAAACCCUACUUAUAAUUGAGAACAAAAUUUUAGUUUUUUAAUGGAAAUUUUUUAUAGGUGAUAUUAAUAAUUAUUAUAUAUAUAGCUUUGAUCUAAUUUAAUAAAGGGAAUAAUAUUUAAACAAGUUACACAUUGAUUAACGAAUUUUUUCGAUUUAAUUCUUCAUAAAAUAAAUAAAAUUCAAAUACAUUGUAUCCAGUUUAUAUUAUGGGUUUUCUCUGAAAAUAGCCCUAUAAGGCUAUUUUUUGGCCAUGGAUCACAUUUUUGAAUAAAAUUUAUAAUCAAUAUUAAUUUCAAAAAGUUUAGCUUUCCAAUGCUUUUCCUUACUCCCCCCCCCCCCUCCGUGAGCGAACAAAAAAAUUUUGUUCGCUCACGGAGGGGGGUUAAUUUUUUUUUUUUUAAAAAAAAAUUUAUAUAUAAAUUUUUAUAAAAAAUAUUUUUUUCGAAAUUUAAAAAAUCCUAAUUUGCAAAAAUUGGGAAGCAAAUAUUAAUUUAAUUUGCAAAAUUUAUGUUUUAAAAAACGCAAUUUGUUUAAAAUUAAAAACAGAAUUAGCUCUAGAUUUCAUUAUACUAAUUAUCACUUAUAUAUCAAAAUUUUUUCCAUUAAAAUUUUUUCUAUUAAAAAAAUUUUUGUUCACUCACGGAGGGUGGGUUUUUGGUCAAAAAAUGGCGAUUUUUCUAAUGGUUUUGUUCGCUCACGGAGGGGGGGGGGGGAGUUAGCAAAUUAAAUUUUUUAACUUCUUUGACCCUACAAUUUUAA